GCGGGGGUGGGGCCAGUCACACGUCUGUCCUGCUCUGGGUCCCUGGGCUGCGCACAAGCUCUGCCCUUUCUCAGAAUAGCUGGCCUCAGGGUUGGCAGGUAGGCCUGGGCCCUGCCCUUUCUCUGGCCCGUCGGUCUGUGAGCUCCGGCGCGGAGGACAGCACACCGCCGCAGACCAAGGGAAGCGGGCAGUCGGAUCUCGGCCCCAUGGUCCAGGUGGAGUUCUACGUCAACGAGAACACCUUCAAGGAGCGGCUCAAGCUGUUUUUCAUCAAAAACCAGAGAUCCAGCCUGAGGAUCCGGCUGUUCAACUUCUCCCUAAAGCUGCUCACCUGCUUGCUGUACAUCGUCCGCGUGCUGCUCGACGACCCAGCCCUGGGGAUUGGAUGCUGGGGCUGCCCAAAGCAGAAUUACACCUUCAACGGCUCCUCGUCCGAGAUCAAUUGGGCGCCCAUCCUUUGGGUGGAAAGAAAGAUGACUCUGUGGGCGAUUCAGGUCAUCGUGGCCAUAAUAAGCUUCCUGGAGACCAUGCUUCUUAUUUACCUCAGCUACAAAGGGAACAUUUGGGAGCAGAUCUUCCGUGUCUCUUUCAUCCUGGAGAUGAUCAAUACUCUACCCUUCAUCGUCACGAUAUUCUGGGCGCCCCUGAGGAACCUGUUCAUCCCCGUGUUCCUGAACUGCUGGCUGGCCAAGCACGCCCUGGAAAACAUGAUCAAUGACUUCCACCGUGCCAUUCUGCGCACGCAGUCGGCCAUGUUCAACCAGGUCCUCGUCCUCUUCUGCACCCUGCUGUGCCUGGUGUUCACGGGGACCUGUGGCAUCCAGCACCUGGAGCGAGCGGGCGAGAACCUGUCCCUGCUCACGGCCUUCUAUUUCUGCAUCGUCACCUUCUCCACCGUGGGCUACGGCGACGUGACGCCCAAGAUCUGGCCGUCCCAGCUGCUGGUGGUCGUUAUGAUCUGCGUGGCACUGGUGGUGCUGCCGCUGCAGUUCGAGGAGCUGGUCUACCUGUGGAUGGAGCGGCAGAAGUCGGGGGGCAACUACAGCCGCCACCGGGCGCAGACGGAGAAGCACGUGAUCUUGUGCGUCAGCUCCCUCAAGAUCGACCUCCUCAUGGACUUCCUGAACGAGUUCUACGCGCACCCCCGGCUCCAGGACUAUUACGUGGUCAUCCUGUGUCCUACUGAGAUGGACAUCCAGGUCCGCAGGGUCCUGCAGAUCCCGCUGUGGUCCCAGCGGGUCAUCUACCUCCAGGGCUCCGCGCUCAAGGACCAGGACCUCAUGCGAGCCAAGAUGGACAACGGGGAGGCCUGCUUUAUCCUCAGCAGCCGCAACGAGGUGGACCGCACGGCAGCGGACCACCAGACCAUCCUGCGUGCCUGGGCCGUGAAGGACUUCGCGCCCAACUGCCCCCUCUACGUCCAAAUUCUCAAGCCUGAGAACAAGUUCCACGUCAAGUUUGCAGACCACGUGGUGUGUGAAGAGGAGUGCAAGUACGCCAUGCUGGCCCUCAACUGCAUCUGUCCCGCCACGUCCACGCUCAUCACGCUGCUGGUGCACACGUCCCGUGGCCAGGAAGGCCAGGAGUCCCCGGAGCAGUGGCAGCGCAUGUACGGCCGCUGCUCGGGCAACGAGGUGUACCACGUGCGCAUGGGGGACAGCAAGUUCUUCCGCGAGUACGAGGGCAAGAGCUUCACCUACGCCGCCUUCCACGCGCACAAGAAGUACGGCGUGUGCCUCAUCGGGCUGAAGCGCGAGGACAACAAGAGCAUCCUGCUGAACCCGGGGCCCCGGCACACCCUGGCGGCCUCCGACACCUGCUUCUAUAUCAACAUCACCAAGGAGGAGAACUCCGCCUUCAUCUUCAAGCAGGAGGAGAAGGGCUUCUCGGGGCAGCGUCUGUACGACGGGUCCUCCCGCCUGCCCAUGCACAGCAUCGUGGCCUCCGUGGGGACGGUGGCCAUGGACCUCCAGAACACAGAGUGCCGGCCGGCACAGAGUGGCGGGGGCAGCGGGGGCGGCAAGCUCGCGCUGCCCACAGAGAACGGCUCGGGCAGCCGGCGGCCCAGCAUCGCGCCCGUCCUGGAACUGGCAGACAGCUCAGCCCUGCUGCCCUGCGACCUGCUGAGUGACCCGUCGGAGGACGAGAUGACGCCGUCAGACGAUGAGGGGCUGUCUGUGGUGGAGUACGUGAAGGGCUACCCCCCCAACUCGCCCUACAUCGGCAGCUCCCCCACCCUGUGCCACCUUCUGCCCGUGAAGGCCCCGUUCUGCUGCCUGCGGCUGGACAAGGGCUGCAAGCACAACAGCUACGAGGACGCCAAGGCCUACGGCUUCAAGAACAAACUGAUCAUCGUCUCGGCGGAGACGGCGGGCAACGGGCUGUACAAUUUCAUCGUGCCCCUGCGUGCCUACUACCGACCCCGCAAGGAGCUCAACCCCAUCGUGCUGCUGCUGGACAACAGGCCGGACCACCACUUCCUGGAGGCCAUCUGCUGCUUCCCCAUGGUUUACUACAUGGAGGGCUCCGUGGACAACCUGGACAGCUUGCUGCGGUGUGGCAUCAUCUACGCGGACAACCUGGUCGUGGUGGACAAGGAGAGCACGAUGAGUGCGGAGGAGGACUACAUGGCCGACGCCAAGACCAUCGUCAACGUGCAGACCAUGUUCCGGCUCUUCCCCAGCUUGAGCAUCACCACGGAGCUCACCCACCCUUCCAACAUGCGAUUCAUGCAGUUCCGUGCUAAGGACAGCUACUCUCUGGCUCUUUCCAAGCUGGAAAAGAGGGAACGGGAAAACGGCUCCAACCUGGCCUUCAUGUUCCGCCUGCCGUUCGCCGCGGGCCGCGUCUUCAGCAUCAGCAUGUUGGACACGCUGCUCUACCAGUCCUUCGUGAAGGAUUACAUGAUCUCCAUCACCAGGCUGCUGCUGGGCCUCGACACCACGCCAGGCUCCGGCUACCUGUGCGCCAUGAAAGUCACGGAGGAGGACCUGUGGAUUCGCACGUACGGCCGGCUCUUCCAGAAGCUCUGCUCCUCCAGUGCCGAGAUCCCCAUCGGCAUCUACAGGACCGAGUGCCACGUCUUCUCGACCUCGGAGCCCCACGACCUCAGAGCCCAGUCCCAGAUCUCGGUGAGCGUGGAGGACUGCCAGGACACGCAGGAAGCAAGGGGGCCCUGGGGCGCGCGGGCGGGCACCGGCGGCAGCGGCAGCAUCCACGGCCGGCACGCGGCUGGCGGGGACCCAGCCGAGUGCCCGCUCCUGCGGCGCAAGAGCCUGCAGUGGGCCCGCAAGCUGAGCCGUAAGGGCCCCAAGCCCGCGGGGAAGGCGGCGGCCGCCGAGUGGGCCAGCCAGCAGCGGCUCAGCCUGUACCGGCGCUCCGAGCGGCAGGAGCUCUCCGAGCUGGUCAAGAACCGCAUGAAGCACCUGGGGCUGCCCACCACCGGCUACGAGGAUGUAGCAAAUUUAACAGCCAGUGAUGUCAUGAAUCGGGUAAACCUGGGAUAUUUGCAAGACGAGAUGAACGACCACCAGAACACGCUCUCCUACGUCCUCAUCAACCCCCCGCCCGACACGAGGCUGGAGCCCAACGACAUCGUGUACCUCAUCCGCUCCGACCCCCUGGCCCACGUGGCCAGCAGCGCGCAGAGCCAGAAGAGCAGCUGCAGCCACAGGCUGGCCCCCUGCAACCCCGAGACUCGCGACGAGACGCAGCUCUGAGCCGGGCCUGCGAGGAGCCCCCACCCCCACGUCGGCAUGCACUGCGCCGCAUGGAGCCCCGGGACCCCGCCACGCCGGCACGGCCCCCGCUGCCACGUGGGCCUGGCCCACCCCGGACGGCAGCCCUCACCGCAGCUGAGGGGGGAGCGUGCCCCCGGGCACCAGGAGACGCGGGCGGGGAGGCCUUUUUUAACCUGUUUUUACAAACCUGUACAGUCCGCGUCCCCACACAACGUACCGCAACUCGUGACGGGGUCUGGCUGAGGCGGACGGAGGGCCGCGUGGGCCCACGGCUGUGCUGCGGGGGGGGGGCAGGGGUGCAUGGGGACGGGAGGGAACCGAGCCCCCCGGCAGCCAUGCACACUCAAGACACACAGCUCACGUGGAAGCCGUGUUUCCACGGCCGUGUACCGAUGGCCUGCUCACGGGACUGGGCUUGGCCACACGAUUGUGAGGGUCUGGCCCGGAGUCGGGCCCCGAGGGGCUCCCCUGCCGGCGAGCGCUCCAGCACCCUGCGGCGGACGGGAGAGGGGAGCUGUAAACACAAGGAAGUCAGCUGCUUGGCCUGGA